CUCUCUAACUUCAUUCUUUUCCAUAAUAUCAAAUAACUGUCUAUGACUUAUGUGUAUGUUCGGCAUUACUUACUAAAUUACAUCAGAGAACAUUUCAAUAUCAUCAUCAUGAACAAGCACGUGUAGUUUGCUAAAAGGAUAAAUACAUUAACAAACAAUUAGUUGUCAUGAAAUCUUUCAACAUUUAUUCAAGAAUAUGAUCAGAUGGAAUAAUUAGAAUGUUUAUUAUUUGCCACAAAUUGUGGUUCUCUAAAUCAUUCUCUAAAGAAUUUUCACAUUGAGAGAUACUCAAUCAAUGAAGAUAUAUUCUGGUGGCCAAAUAAGAUUUUUCUAUAAUAAUAUAUAUUAUAAUCUAUUACUGCUCCAAUAGUCAUAUCAUACAUUUUCAAGCAUAGUUUCAGUUAGAGUUUAGUAAGAAUUGCAUAUAUGCGGUAUAAUUUAUAAUAUUUUUAUGUUACAAAGAUAUUUAAACGUGUUCUGAGCAUAAUAAUAUAGCAUCAUCGUAGUAUAAAUAUAUAUUAUUUAUCAGCUUGAUAAUACGAAUCUUAUACAGAUAUUACAUGUUCGUGUAGUGUAAUCUGGUCAUCAGAUUCAUGAUCCAAUGCACAAUAGUAUUAUUCUGUCUUCUUUUCCGUUAUUUAGCUUUUUUGAUUUUUAUAAUAGAUGCAAUUAAUUUGAAACUAAAUUUUAAAUUCUCUACAAAAAAAGCAGUAAUAAUUAACUGCAAUGGAUACAAACUAGUUUUUUUUAGAUAUAAAAUACCCUUUCAAUGUCAAGUAACAAUCAGUUUUAUAGAACAUUCUCUACCCGAGACUUAAUUAUAUUCCGGCUACCACAUUUACCAUUUAUGGAAAUUGUGUUACAAAGUGUUUAUGUAGCUGAAAAUUUAAAAAGCUUCUGUUGACCAUUAGUGACAACGAGCCAUAUUAGUUUAAUGAAUUUAUUUGUGACAGAAAAAAUUAGUAGUUCAUACUUAAGAGUGAUCUUGGUUGAUUUGAACUGUAGAUUAGUAUAGAUAAUCGAUAUUUAUUAUAUCCGAUUUUAAGAGUUUUGGUCACCAUAAUGAUACUUUGAAGUUUUGGCACAUAAUAAACAAAUAAAAUCUUUGAAAAUAUUGAUUUUAACCUCUUUCCAGCAGUUUUCAUGGAUAUAUUUCACGUCACGUAGUGAUUGAUAAGUUUUAAAGUAUGAUCGUAUCACUUCUGUACAGCACAAUUUUUCUUAUUAUGUAUUCUGCAAGCUCGUCAUUUUUAUAAUAUUAUCAUUAAUAUAAUUUUUAAAAAUUCUUAUGAUUAUUUAUCAUGUGAUGUAUUACUAUGAUAAAAGUAACUUUCUGGUCACCAAAACAUAGACUUAAAAGUCAAUACUUUUCUAGAUUAUUCUACCUCUGCGAAAAACUAGGGUAAAGCUUUUAAUGGAGAUUACCAUACUCAACAUAAAUAUUUCACUACAACACAUGGAUUUAUUGGCUACAAUAUUAUUUUCUAUCUAUAAACCUCUUAAAGUCAAGUUGUGGUAAUGUAACAUAUAUUCUGGUUAUCAAAUUCAUAAUAGAUUUUAUUACAACUAAUUCUUAGUUUCUCUCUUCUGAUAGAUUCUACGGUAAUUAUGUUAUUGAUCGAAAGUUCUUUUGUUAACAAGAAUUUCGUUGAUACGACACUUCGUCGACACACCAUAUUAAAACCUUGAUCAUAAUAUGCUGGUUCCAGCUUUUAUAGAAAAACUCAUAUAAUAUCAAUAUUAAACAGUUUAUUGAGGAAUAUUAACAAGUACAUACAAAAGAGCAAGAAUAACAAUAUAGAAAUGAUAUAAGGUGGUUGUAAGUGUGGGUGUGAUUGGAGGUAUGAUUGUGAAUACAAGAGGAGUAAAAUACCUCACACCCACACACCUUUAAACACAAAUCGUAUGAAAACUAUAAAUAUUUAUUAAUAUAUAUAUAAUUUAUAUAAUUUUUUUUGUUAAAGAUCGAAUUUCGUCGUCGAUGUACAACGAUAUAUCUCAGCUAAUUUUGGUAAACAUAAAUAUAUUAUCAAUAUUAUUUGGGAUCACAUAGGAAAAGUUGAAUUUCGUAAAGGUUCUAAUAAUAAUAUUUCAUUAAUGUUACCCGAUACUUUAUAA